AUGUGCACUAGGAAAAAUGGAGUGCCUGCACUUGAGCCUCCAAGUUUAAUGAAUUGCAAUGCGACCCUUGUUGGCUUAUUUGAAAAGGUACAAUCUGUGAAUGAGAGCUCCCCAACGGAAAUCAUGAGCAUUGCCACCGACAUGCAGAUCCUCACUUCUAAACCAGAACAACUCCAAAGUAAGGACAUUUCCUUAGCUGCUUCAAUAGCCAAGGAGAUUCUUAAUCAGUCCAGUAGUGCUGUACCUAGUGAGACAGCAGCAGCUGCAGUCACUACAAUAAGCCAACUUAUGGAUGCCAACAAGACUCAGUUUAGUUUGGCAGAUAAUAACCUCACUAGUGCUACAGUAAGCCUCACGAUGGCAAUGCAAAAUUUCUCUGUGAGUAACACUUCAACACAAGAGGUAGUGCAACCCAACAUUGUAGUACGGACAGUUGCUCUACAGGAAACCUCUGCUAAGGUGCUUUUUUCUGUCCUGAAAGGAUCAACCAGUGGUUUUGUUCCUGAUCGAAUCAACAUAGAUGAACAGGCUAAUGGUCUAACAUCUGAUGACAGGACAGAAAUUCAGAUACUCAUCAAUGUGUCAAGUGCCAAUUCAAAUGGAAAGGAAAGAGUUGGCUUUGUUGUGUAUCAAAAUGACAGACUUUUCCCAUCAAAAAUCUAUACGAAUAAAUUAGAUGACAACUACAGUAACCGAAUUGUCUCUGGCAAUGCUAAUGGGGCAAUGGUUCAUAAUGUUAAGAUAGCCUUAAGUCCACAGUACAAACAAUCGAAAUUUCGGCUGCACAAUCAUGCAUGUGUCUUCUGAGAUUACUCACAGAAUGACUGGAAUACAUCAGGCUGCACCAAGGAGACAGACUCUCCUGAGUUACUGAGAUGUAGCUGUAAUCACACAACUAAUUUUGCAGUGCUAAUGAGCUUCAGAAAAAAAUAUGAAUAUGCAAGACCUCUUGAGAUGUUAUCAUAUAUUGGUUGUGGGCUGUCAAUUUUUGGCCUGUUUGUUACCAUUUUGUUUCAAAUUCUUACCAGGAAAACCCGGAGAAAGUCUACUACCUUGAUCUUUGUGAGUCUCUGCUCAUCUCUGCUACUGUUUAAUAUCAUCUUUAUCUCUGGAAUUGAAAACUCCAAUGCCAACGAGAGCAGCAGUCUAAUUACUGCUAGAAACACCAUGCUUGAAUCUGAUGAAGAAGGCCCGCCUGUGAAUGUCAGUUGCACGGCUGUAGCUGCCUUACUGCAUUUCUUCCUGCUGGCAACUUUUAUGUGGACGGCCAUCAACAGUGUCCAGUUGUAUUUGCUGUUGGUAAAAACUCAGAGGCAUUUUUGUCGACACUACAGUACACUCAUAUCAUUAACUGGAUGGGCAGUCCCGGCGCUAAUUGUUUCUGUAACACUGGCAGCUACCUACCAAAACUCAAACUACCGUCAGGAAGAAUUUUGCUGGCUUGCAGCUCUUGAUGAGGAAAAAAAUUUCUCCAUUGAAAAACCUAUGUUGUGGGCAUUCCUUUUACCAGUGGCAGUAAUCCUUCUGAUUAACAUCGCUGUCUUUGUGAAGAUCAUGUUCUCUGUGACGUGGAAGGAAAACAAGCAUUUGCGAAGCACUCAAAAGAAGUCAUUAAUGAAGAAGAUAUUUUCAACUUUAUCUACAAUUGUGGUCCUUGGAAUCACCUGGAUUUUGGGCUACCUGGUUCUAGUAGAGAAUAAGAAAGCAAACAUUGUUUUCAGCUAUGUGUUCUGUAUUUUCAGUGCGACACAGGGACUGCAGAUGUUUCUUUUCCAUGUUGUUGGAACACCCAUUUUCAAAAAGAAAGCUACUAAAGUCUUUGCAUCCCUUUCUGAGAUACGAAUUUACUUGCAUUCGAAGACCUAUUACAUUUCUGACAUAUUGCAUAGAAAGUCCAUGUUUGGAUUCUUUAGGCCAACUAAUUCAAUGAGAAAUUUUGAUGAUCUCUCUUCGUCAAGCAGUGUUGAAGAGCUAGAGAAAAACUAA